CAGAGUUUUGUGUUUUCAAUGGAUUGUAUAUUGGAACGAUCAAUCAAUCAUCCUUCCUCUGUUAUAACAAAUGACUAGAAAGGUCAUGAAAAUGUCAUGGAAUUAAUUGGAAUAAGCGUGGGAACCCUGUAGAAGUGUGCUAAACUGGAUUAUCAGGUUGGCAGCUAUCUGUGUCUUUUGGAAAUCAAAUCAAAUAUUAAAAACAAAUCCCUCUGGGUCCUGGUUGAAGAGUUUAGGUGUUUCUAUGUUGGAACUGGGUGAACCUGUUAAAUUUAUGCUAAUGUUUAAAUGUGUGUAACACAUACUGUGAAGUCUUGUCGUGUGGAUAUGAGAAAACUUGAGCUAAAUUGAGAGAAAAUGACAGUGAGAUGUUUACGUUGUGUGAUGAAGUAUAAAAAAAGUGAUUUAGAUGAUUAACCCUAAAACCAACAGUAAUAUUCUGCAUUAUUCUCAUGAGGAAAAUAAUUCCUGCCCUGUUCAACUGUGACCUUCAGCAUCCCCAAAACAGCAUCAGUAGCCAAAUACUACUCCUGCUGUCGGGUGCCUGCUGAACUCUGUGGAUUAAUGUGUCUGUGCGUGUGUGUGUGUGUGAGACUCAAAGGAUUUCCUGUGUGUGUUUGUGGAUUAGAGGAUUUUUAUCUGUGUGUGGCCAGUUUGAUGCACAGCAAGAAGACAGAGAAAGAUUCAUAGAAAGACGACAUUUGUGAUGGUCUGAUAGAAGAGGACAUGACAGAAGAGUUUUUCAACAUGUCCAGUGUGAGUGGCUGUCUGUAGGAUUUUAGCGCAUGUUAGGUGAACAUGCGUGAGCCGUGCCGUGCAUGCGGUGGGUGCAUGCAGGGCACUCAAUGUCGCUGGUUGUUCAGUGCAUGCGGGCGUGCGAGGUUGGCGGUGAUCCUCUCACACGUGUUGGAGUCAGAGGUGCGUCGGGACGGCCACGGCGAGUUCCUCUGCGGGAAAUGUGUGUUUUCACUGGAGCGUGUGGUGCAUUACGACGUUGCCAUUGGACAGCUGCAGGAUGCACACGCCGCCCAGCUGCAGAGGCUGCAGAACGAAAGAGACAGAUUAAAAAUGCACAUCGCAAACAAAUACGAACAACAUAACCUAUCAAAACCAGACGGUGGCGGAUUGCAGAAGUCUUUCAAAAGGAACGUCAAAAUUGGAACAAUCCUGCCAAGUCCAAACCAACUGCGAUGCAUCCGACGGUCUGAGCAGUCUUCAGUUCAACCAAAGCUGGAUCAAGCGGCGGUUGAUGACAAGUGGAAGACGCCUGGAAGAAGCCAAGGGGUGAAAACGAGUGGUGAUGUCAGACAGCGGAAGUUCACAGGGCAUUUGAGGAGAUGUGUGAGUCUUGAACCACUAAGCAGGGCAGGAACAGAUCACUGUCAAUGUUUGCAGGUAAAUGUAUCUCCACGUCAGAGUAAAGACGCACAUUCUGGAGUGCUGGGAAACCGAGAGUACUUGAGCAUAGUGCAUAAGAAGAGCACUCUGUCUCGAUCAACUUCCCUCCAAUCAGUGACCCUCGAGCGGUCUGACCACUCCCCCAUCGGUGCAGCAUACGGGAGGAACACUCUCAAAACCUCACUGGUGUUUGAUAUACUUCAACUCUUAAAGAUCGUGCGAGGGGUGCGCCCCAUCCCACAAUGCGAGGGUAGCAAGAUUCCAGUACUGACGCCUUCACGCUUCACCUUCGGACAUGCUCACCAGGGUGUGAAAUCGAUGGCGGAGAAAAGACUGAGAGAAAUGGAGGAAGAUUUUAAUGAUGAGUACACACCUUUUAGACCGGAGGUACACGCUCAUACACUUGCUGUGACACAUGGAUGCACCUCUGGUUACACGGGCAGGAGUUCAGUCAGAUUGGACGGCACGUUUAUUCUGACACAUAAAAUGUAAAUAUGUGUGUGCUUUAAAACCGUGUUUGUGCUUUUUGUGUG